AUGGGACACAAAUGCCACCCCAAGCAGCACAAACCAGCAGGGGUGGUCAGCUGCUUCCAAAAAAUGAUGACGCUCCUGUUGGCGGGCAUCCCGGGUGUCUCCAUCUACCUGGAUGGCAUUGUGGUGCACGGCGCUGCCCAGCCUCAGCAUGACGCCCCAAGUCAUGUCACAGACGGGGAUCAGGAUUUUGUACAACUGCUGCAAGGCCCACUGAAGACAGUCGUCUCCAUGCCAGAGCUGCAGCAAGCAUCCCAGGAUGAUGAGCUGUUUGGACUCCUCCGCACUUACAUCAGAGAGGGAUGGCCAGCCAGGGUGGACGGGAAGCUGCUCCCACUCUACAGAGUUCAUGAUGAACUGUCCUGCUGGGAGGAUGUGCGGUGCUACCACUGCAGAGAGCUGGGGCACCAAAAUAAGAGGUGCUCUAAACUCAAGCAGAGCGCAAACCCAUCCACACCAGCACUGCACACCUCUGAGUCAUCUCCCCCUCAGGGCCCUCAAACAGAGUCUGCUGUGAUGGAGAAGAGGGGGUUCCUCAUCCUUCUGCUUGCAGGGUUUAGUGUGCCUGCGUACAACCAGAUCAGAAAACACGUGUUUGUGGAAACUAAGAAGAGUUGGUCUGAAGCUCAGAGGUACUGUAGGGAGAAUCACACAGACCUGGCCACUGUGAGCAGCCAGGAAGAAGCAGAGCAGCUCUUAAAUAUUACAGGAGCUUCUCUCGGGGAUUCCUGGAUCGGGCUGUAUCGUGAUGACACACAGAACUGGCAGUGGUCUAACAGCGAUGAUGUCAUCUACUCCAACUGGAGGACAGACGACUUCUGUGCUUCAGUCAAUUCAGACGGAAAGUGGACUGAUUUACCCUGCAACCUUCAGAAAGCCUUCAUGUGCUACAAAGAGACCAGCAACAUCACUGAGAGAUACACCCUGAUUGAAGAACUGAAAACCUGGACUGAAGCUCAGCAUUACUGUAGAGAACACCACACCGACCUCGUCAGUAUAAAGAACGCCAGUGAAAAUGAAGAGAUAGUGAAGAAAGCGCAGGGCAAGCCCUUCUGGAUAGGCCUGUUCAAUGAGCCCUGGAAGUGGUCACACCAGGGGGAUAACUACACAUUUCACAACUGGAACUAUGGGGAACCAAACAAUUGGGGAGGGGAUGAGAAGUGUGUGUUGAUGAGUAAGACUGGUGGAUGGAAUGACAAUGGCUGCAACAAUCAGAACUCCUUCUUCUGCUGUGAGGGCGGCUCCUCUGGUCAGUGUUUCUAUGAAGGAACUUUGAAGACAUGGCAGGGAGCUCAGAGCUACUGCAGAAACCAAGGCAGAGACCUGCCCACCAUUCAACACCAGGCCAGGGUUAAUAAGCUUAUAGGUCUUAUACCUUCAACUAGUAACUGGUAUUACUGGAUCGGGCUGUAUCGUGACACAGAGAACUGGCAGUGGUCCAGUGGAGGUGAUGUCAUCUACUUCAACUGGGGACGAUACCUCUUCUGUGCUUCAGUGAAUUCAGAGGGAGAGUGGGAGGAUUCACUCUGCAGUCAGAGAAACUAUUUCAUGUGCUACAGCGAGACCAGCAACAUCACUGAGAGAUACACCCUGAUUGAAGAACUGAAAACCUGGACUGAAGCUCAGCAGUACUGUAGAGAACACCACACCGACCUCGUCAGUAUAAAGAACGCCAGUGAAAAUGAAGACCUAGUGAAGAAAGCGCAGGGCAAGCCCUUCUGGAUAGGCCUGUUCAAUGAGCCCUGGAAGUGGUCACACCAGGGGGAUAACUACACAUUUCACACCUGGAGCAAAGGGGAACCAAACAAUGAGGGAGGGGAUGAGAAAUGUGUGAUGAUGAAUAAGACUGGUGAAUGGUUUGACUAUGGCUGCAACUCUCAGAACUCCUUCUUCUGCUGUGAGGAUUCAGACCUAACAAGCCCCCCUUCCACUCCGGUCUCUCAAGAAGCAGAAUCCUCGAGGCCCCCUUCCACUCCGCUCUCUCAAGAUUCAGACCCCACAAGCCCCCCUUCCACUCCGGUCUCUCAAGUUACAGAAGGAGAAUCCUCGAGCCCCCCUUCCACUCCGCUCUCUCAAGAUUCAGACCCCACAAGCCCCCCUUCCACUCCGGUCUCUCAAGAAGCAGAAUCCUCGAGGCCCCCUUCCACUCCGCUCUCUCAAGAUAACAUGGCAACAGCAAGGGUCAAACUAAACGUACCCCAAGGAGUGAAUCUUGAGGACCCCAAAGUGAGCGAAGCCAUUUUAGAGCAGAUUCGGGAGCAUCUCUCCAAGAACUUUCCAAUGGACGGUGUUAAUCUGCGCUGGAGAAAACAAGACGGGGAGAUAUUCCACAAGGAGGAAGAGGAGGAGGAGGAGGAGAAGAAGAAGUACUUCAAGCCGUGAGAUACCAGCGCCCACAAUGACAAGCGGGGGCUUUCAGAGCAGCACUGUCUUAUAUUACUCUGACAUUAUCUACUGGUUUAUAUUACUCUGACAUUAUCUACUGGUUUAUAUUACUCUGACAUUAUCUACUGGUUUAUAUUACUCUGACAUUAUCUACUGGUUUA